GUGAGCUUCAUGCUUUCUGUGUCUCCUUUUCUGUGCGUGCUCACUGAGCUGGUAUUUAUAUUCUGUGCUCCUGCACUCGAAUGUCUAAAUAUUUGGAUACAAGGAGACAAAAGAUAUUAUUGUGUUACUGAAAGCUGCUUCUUGCCGAUAUACUCACUCACAGUGGCGGAUGCAGAAUAUUGUGCAUGACUCUGGCGACAGCUCAGAGGAUGAAUUCUUCGAUGCACGAGAUGAGGUGAUGGAAGGUAAAAAUGCUCUUCUGCUAGGGAUGAGUACAUGGAACUCAAAUGAUCUGGUGGAGCAGAUUGAGACAAUAGGGAAGCUGGAUGAUGGCCAAGGGGAUGCAUACAGAGAUUCUCUCAGUAGGCAGGGAUGCCCUACCCAAGGCAGCAUAGAGGGACCAGAGGAUUCAGAGGAUGUGAGAAAGUGCAAGAUUCGUGUACUUAUCCUAAUACUUCAUGGAGGGAAUAUUCUGGACACAGGAGGAGGAGACCAGAACUCUAAGGCAGCUGAUGUCAAUACCUUCACUUCAGUCCUCGAAAAAGUUACCAGUGACCAUUUUCCAGCAGCUCUUGGCCACUUUCUCGUCAAGUUAGUCCCCUGCCCUUCUAUCUGCUCCGAGGCAUUUUCACUGGUUUCUAAUUUAAAUCCAUGCAGCUAUGAUGAAGGUUGUCUGAGCAGCAAUGAGGAUCAUGUUCCACUGGCCGCAUUGCCCCUGCUUGCAAUCUCUUCACCUCAGUAUCAGGAUGCAGUUGCAACAGUGAUCAACCGAACAAACCAGAUCUACAAUGAGUUUCUGAAAUCUGAAGAUGGGAUUGGAUUCAAUGGCCAGGUCUGUUUAAUUGGCGACUGUGUGGGAGGAAUUCUGGGAUUUGAUGCCCUGUGUUACAGUUCACACACAACAUGCGAAAGCCAGAACAGCAGCAGGAGAGGGAGCAUCGGUAGCAUUCAGGAUAACUCACAUUUAUUGGAUGAACCUGGAUCGGACUUGAGCAGCAGUAAACGACUUAGCAAAAGCAACAUUGACAUCUCGGGGAUCGAAACUAAGGAACCGAGAAAGCUAUUGUCAAGAAAACAGAGUGACUCUUCUACCUAUGACUGUGAUGCCAUAACACAGCACCACGCUCUUCUGUCAAGAAUUCACUCCAGUGCAUUAAACGAUGACCCUGAUUUACAGAGGAUGAACAGCACCAACAUAUUGGAUGGAACCACAGUUCGAUUUGAUUUUGACGUCUCUGAUUUCUUUCUCUUUGGUUCCCCAUUGGCCUUGGUUUUGGCCAUGAGGUGGACAGUUCUCCCUUCUGUUGAAGUGGCUCAGCUGCGGCCUGCUUGCACCCAGGUAUACAGCCUCUUCCAUUCAGCUGACCCCUCUGCCUGUCGCCUGGAGCCGCUGUUGGAGAAAAGCUUCCACCUCUUGCCUCCAGUCUCUGUUCCAAGGUAUCAGAGAUACCCGCUGGGCGAUGGGAAUUCCACUCUCCUAGCUGAUGUCAUACCAAGCCACCAGUCUCUCUUUCUGGAAAGUUCUAAUGUACCCAUGUCCCCUAACACACUACUGACACAAUUGCAACGAGAAAUCCGCAGAAGCAGUCAAGCCAGCAUUACCAGUGAGGUAUCAGGUUCCUCGGAGAAUUUUCUUGCAGCUAAUAUUGCCAGCAUUACUGCAAAGUGGUGGGGAACUAAAAGGAUAGAUUACGCACUGUACUGUCCUGACGCAUUGACAGCUUUUCCAACUGUGGCUCUACCGCACCUCUUCCAUGCCAGCUACUGGGAAUCAAAUGACGUGUUGGCAUUUGUUCUACGGCAGGUAAUGAGGUAUGAAAGUGUGAGCAUAAAGGAGAACGACAACAAGGAUUCAUCUGCUUGCAGUGAGUCAAGUCCUCGGGAGAAAUGGCUUCGCAGACGAACACACGUGAAGCUUAGGAAUGUGACAUCGAAUCACCGAGCCAAUGAUGUCAUCGUGGUGGAAGGUAUCUCUCAGACGCUGGUGGGGAGGUUUAUGUAUGGUCCUCUCGACAUGGUCACCCUGACUGGAGAAAAGGUUGACAUUUUGCUCAUGACGCAGCCCCCUGCGGGCAGGUGGGUGUACUUUGACACCGAAAUCACCAGCAACAGCGGUAGGAUCUUGUACACCAUACCGGACGAGAAGAGGCUCAAUGUUGGUGUUUACCCUGUGAAGAUGGUUGUAAGAGGAGACCAGACUUUUGCAGAAAGCUACCUGACUGUGUUGCCAAAAGGGAUGGAAUGUGUGGUCUUUAGCAUCGAUGGCUCCUUUGCUGCAAGUGUCUCCAUCAUGGGCAGUGACCCAAAGGUUCGGGCUGGAGCAGUGGAUGUGGUCAGACACUGGCAGGACCUGGGCUAUCUCAUCAUUUACAUCACUGGACGGCCAGACAUGCAGAAGCAGCGGGUGGUGUCCUGGCUGGGCCAACAUAAUUUCCCCCAGGGUAUGAUUACCUUUUCUGAAGGUCUGGUCCACGAUCCCUUGCGACAAAAAACCAUCUUCUUACGCAACCUGGUGCAAGAGUCCCACAUCAAAAUUGCUGCGGCCUAUGGAUCAAUGAAGGAUAUUUCAGUUUACAACGUGCUGGGUCUGUCCCCAUCUCAAAUCUACAUUGUGGGACGUCCCUCAAAAAAGUACCAGAAUCAAUGUCAGUUUCUCUCUGAAGGUUAUGCUGCUCAUUUGGCCCGGCUGGAGUUCAGCCACCGCUCACGUCCGAAGAAGAGCAACUCCCGGAUGAUCCUACGCAAGGGGAGCUUCGGACUUACCGCUCAGCCGGACUUCCUCCGGAAACGCAACCACCUGCGCAGGACGAUGUCGGUUCAGCAACCGGACCCGCCGUCCUGCAACCCCAAGCCCGAGCGAGCACAGAGCCAACCCGAGUCCGACAAGGUUGAAAGGCAUCCCCACAGCAUAGCCUGGGCCCGCAGUGGAGGCUCCAAAUCGGAGCCAGGUGUGUGAGUGAUGUACCAUAGGUUAAGGAGAGUUCAGGGCUUCAUGCGCAGUCUGAGCUCACACCGGGAAAGGUAACAUGGAGCUGUGGUGCCCAUUAAACAGAGUGCUGGGCUGGAAUUUCCUCUUCUUGUCCAAUCAAUGGCAGGGUUGCACUAGGCUGCACCUCCAUCCUUAUAAGUGAUCUGGCACUGACCCUGGUGAAUCUUUAUAGAUCAGUUAUGUAGAUGGGUUCCUCAGGAUCUUUUCAGUUAUUGCAAUGGGUUCCCCAAGGCAUUGGAAGGUCAACACUGUGAGGGAGCACCUUUACCCUCCAGCUGGCUAUUUUGGGAUAUCACAAAAGGGGAACAUGCCCACAAUUGCUCAAUGUGCAUUCCCACAGGGUGAGGCUUCCCACCAGGAAAACACUUACACAAAUUCAAUGGGAUAUUUCAAAAAUGACCUGGCCUUUAGGCAUUUUCUGGGCAACAUUACAACACCGGUGAGUUACAAGUCAUAAAAUCAUGUUGAGGAGGCUGACUGUAAUUCUCCGUUGCUAAUGAGAUACCCUGGGAUGCUUUGUGUAUAAUUUUAUCACUGGAGCAAGCUGAGGUGUGGAAUAACACUGAGGAACCUGUUGACAAGGAAGGCUUUUCACUUCUCUCACAAGUUUUUGGGAGCUUUGCAAUUCAAACUGUGACUUGAUGGCAGAAACAGCAAGUGAGGGAAUCCCUGGCUCCCUUCACAAUAAUUGCUGAAUUAUUGGAGAGGCGACAUUAUUGGGGACUUCUCAGUAUAUUAUCUCAUUCCCUCACUGAAAGGAUCAAGCAUUGCUUGGCUGUAAAAAAAAACAAUCAACUUGGCGAAUAAUAAUGAUUGGAAUACUGCGCAGGAUAUAAAAUGAAAAAGGAGAAACUUUCUUUUUCAUAUUGUUAGUUGUCAUAUUUCAUUUUACAGGCAUUCCCAUAGUUUAGAAGAGUAGCCAUUGCUGGGUUGCAGGCAGCAUAAAGCUAGCCCGUACAAACAUUCUCACCAACAGCAGCGAUCAGUGCAAGAAGUUCAGCACAGUGUUCGGAAAACUAGGUCUCCUUUGAUUAAAUUGUUUCACAUAUCAGGAAAUGAAAUAUUUUAUUAACCCUACAAAUUUAUGUCAAGUGAUCAGGAUUCAUUCACAUGCAGGCAAGUUACCUUGUCUUGAAAAGUGAAAGACUUGCACUUCCAUUAUACCUUCCACGUCCUUAUCAGGACGUCCCAAAGCACUUUGUAAGCAAUGAAGCACUUUUGAAAUGUGACUGCCAGUAUGUUGGAUGUGAAAUGACUGUUAUUUACACUAAUUUGUUUGUCUAGAAUUAUGAGGGAAGAAACUCUGCAGAGUUUUCCUGAUGUCUCGCCUUGUGUUGAGUAAUCCCAGAGAGCUGCGGUACCCAGCAGACUAUAGCAGUCAUGUGGUUCUAUAGAGGGAGAAUUGGUUUCCAGGGUAAGACUGCAACCAGGAUGUUAUUAGCGUCUAUAAAGUGACAUGAACCAAAUUGGCCAGACACUGCAGUGACUCAGGUGGGACUGCAAACAUACCAUUCUUGACUGAAACCGUAAAGAAUUUAUUUCCAUCUCUUGUAUUCCAUAGUUGGCUCCUGCAUGGCUGAAAACUGAAAUGUUCAUGCAACGCCCUGUUUUUUGUUAUCUGAAUAUUUGGACUGGAGGCAAUCUUGUAGGUACAACCCCCAUCCAAUCAUGACUAUUCUAGGGCCUUCUGCUUUCCAUAGUUUGCGCAUAACUGGUCCUUCUUUAAGCUUUUUAACGUGGUUUGUAUAUAGCUGCUCCACUUGCAAUAUUUCCUUCUUCUGAAGGAACUGGGUAGGGGUACAAUAUAUCAACAAGUUGAUAGAAGAGUGAAGGCUGUUCAACAUAAUGAGGUUACAGAAUGUGAUUGUAGAGAGUUUACUGUUGCUGAUGUCUCACAGCAUCCCUAGGAGGUCUCAGCUUUGACCUGUCUGAUCUGUUAGCACACAAAGUAAAGGAGGAUGUUUGUUAUUGUGUGGAUAAUACACAGUCAGUCUGAAGAACGGUGAAUGAUUCUUGCUAACAAUGUUAACAUGAGCGAACAUUGUACUGAUUUAACUUGAGUUAAAUUAGCUGAAUAUAUAAUUAGUGGCCACUUUAUUAGGCAUCUCCUUUACCUAAUGAAGUGGUCACUGAGUGUAUGUUUGAGGUCUUCUGCUGCAGCCCCCUUUCAUUUCAAGGUUUGAUGCAUUGUGCAUUCAUGGAUGCUUUUCUGCACACCACUAUUGUAACUUGUUUUUUGAGUUACUGUCACCUUCCUGUCAGCUUUAACCAGUCUGGUCAUUUUCUUCUAACCUCUUUGUCCGCAGAACUGCUACUCACUGGAUAUUUUUUUGUUUCUCUCACCCUUCUCUGCAAACUCUAGAGACUGUCGUGCUUGAAAAUCCUAGGAGAUCAGCUGUUUCUGAGAUACUCAAACCACCAAUAAUCAUUCCUCAGUCAAAGUCACUUAGAUCACAUUUCUUCUCCAUUCUGAUGUUUAGUCUGAACAACAGCUGAACCUCUUGACCAUGCUUUUAUACAUUGAGUUGCUGCUACAUGAUUGGCUGAUUAGAUAUUUACAUUAAUGAGCAGGUGUACAGGUGUAUUUAAUAAAGUGGCCACUGAAUAUACAAACUAAUGUCAUGGUCUUGUCAGCAAGUCACUCCCAUGAGUUUUCUUACCUUCACUACUUUGGCUUUGAGCAUAGCACUUGCUUCCACUGGAACCCUUCAAACAGAAGUACCUUUCCAUCUUUCCCGUCAAAUAUUGAGUCCAAGCCCACUUUCAAAAGGAAUUUUCUUUGCAUAAUCUUUAUUCUGGUCCUUUCCAUUUCUGCCUUUUAGUGUGAGAAGUUUUAUUGGAGAACAUUCAUUCCACUGCUUCUGAUCCCUCUUCGUGCUCUUACUCUGAACUGGACAAUUCUGAAAUAUUUUAAUCCUUAAUGUCCAUGAAUGCCAAAUCACUACAGUGAUCUACACUUAUCACUAUUACCGCCAAUCACUGUUUAAAUCCCUUAGACUGAUCUUCACUCUUUAUGGGCAUGACAUCUAUAUGAGCAAUGUGUUAUCUCCUGUCAGUACUCAGUAUUCAAAAUUAUUGUAGACUUCCUGUUUCCUUGCAAGUGAUAUGAUUUCCACGUUUUGAGAAUGGUUUCUCUUUUAAAAACUUUGGAUCAUCCUUGACCUUAUUUUUGAUGUUGGUCUUUGACCUUAUCUGAGGAUAAAUAACAAGAUUUCAGUCUGUGCUCAUAACAGUACGUAACGUAAUAUGCAACAGCAUGACUGGUGUGUUGUCUGAGGUUUAAUGGUGCUGCACAUUCUGCAGUGUUUUUACUGCUCAACAGUGGCAAAACUCAAUAAUAAGAUCAUCCCACUAAUUAAACUAUCACACGCUAAACCCACAUGUCCCAGGUCUGUUGAUAUCCCCAUUUGCGUACCUGGUGUAAACCCAACAGGCAUUGAGCUCCAAUAUCCUAAUAACUCCGUAGUUGAGAUCCUUUACCGCUACCUGUGGGACAACUUCACCUCCAUGUUCACCUUGUCCUCAUUGCCACCAAAGCCAUUGUCUCUUACAGCCUCAGGGCUUGCAUUCCCUGCUGACUCUUAAAUACAUUAGCCUGUACAUUUGAUCCCUUUACGUUUUUUUUCUUGUAGAAGUUGCUUGUCGCCCAGUUUAAAUAUGUAUGCACGCCUUUAGUUCUGCAUGUCUCUGGAUACUAAUUAUUGUUCUAAAUGCUCUUGAGAAGAUAGUGAUGAGCUCACCUUCAUUAACCACUGCAGUGACUCCACAAUAUUGUUCGGUGGGAAAUUUCAGGAUUUUGAUCCAGGGAUGAUGAAGAGUUAGUAAUAUAUCCUUAAAUCAUGCUUGUAGUGUACUUGAAGGAGAAUCUGGAGGUGGUGCUGCUCUUUGCAUCUGCUGCCUUUGUCCGUUUUUUGGCAGUAGAUAGUGAUGGUUUGGGAGAUGCUUUAGGAGUAACUACAGUGCACUUUAUAGAUGGUACACACUGCAGACAUUGUGCAUGUGUGGGUAGGAUGUUUGAUAGAUUGCCAGUCGAAUGGGCUUCAUUGACUGCUGUUAAGUUGGUUGAGAAUUGUGGAGCUGCAGUCAUUCGGACAACUUUUCUCACGCGGCUGUCUUGUGCAUUUUAGAUGGUGGAAAGGUUUGGAGGGUCAGAAGAGGAUAUCCAGCUACUCUGAUCUGCUCCUGUCUGUCUCAUGUCUUUUAUAUAGCAGGUCAAUGACGAUCCAAUAAGUGUUUGUGUCGGGGCAGUGGUGAUAGUAAUGUCAAUGAAUGUCAAUUAUAGGAGUUAGACUCUUGCUGGUUAAUGAAAUCAUGCUGAAUGAGAAAUGGAUCUGUACACUGCUCGGUUCAUCUUAGUAUUGCUAGCAAUUCCUAGCAUCAGUCCUAUAGUUAAUGGCAUAGAUUUUCACAAAUAAAACGACAUGAGGCAUUUUAUGUUUAAGAAAAACCAUAAUAACUCAAUUACUGAACUCCAAAAAACUGAAUGCAAAGUUCAGUAAAAGUCCUUUACAUAAUUACAUCAUUACAUCAGACCAGCCUCUUAAAGUGAACCCCACCUCAGUGUCAGUGGUUAUGUACGUUUCUAUCAAUUACAUUACUCUACACUGAGAUCUCAGGUAGUGUUCCAUGUGCGACCUCCCUUACUAAUGUAACGGAGCUCUUGGGUGCAAUCUAUGAUAUUUGUGAGUGCUCAGAAAAAUAUCUAGGGAUUGGCGAUGAGAUGUCAGUAAAGGGAUCUGCACAUCAAUGCUCUUCUCCUAACAGCAGCAACCCUUGGUUUACAAUGAUUAGUUAAAGGGAACUCUAAAAAAAUGGGCUCCCUUCAAUGUCAAAGUCUCCAUGUGCAUAUUAAAUCAAUAAGGUAGUUUAGAUCACCUGGUGAGGAGCUUCUCUUGCUUUUGGCCGUGAACAGGGAUGCUGGACAGAGGUAUUGCAUUCAACACUACCUUCCCCAGCACCUUCUUGUCAACUGUCUACUUGGCUGUUCCGUGGUUGCUAUAGGAAGUAGUCCUUAAGGUUUGAUACCUUUCCUGAAGUUCAGUGUAGCAGUAAUUGGAGAUGCACAGCCUUCAAGUUAGCUUAACAUUCUAUGUGUAAAAUGCCAAAGCACCAUUAUUAAUGCAUCGUUAUAUCGGAUUGGCUGUACACAGCACUAUGCCUCCAAAACAAAAGGUGACAUUCAGUCUCUCAGGUCAGUUGUUUAAGCAGCAUCAUCAUCGAAAUGACUUCUGCUAUUCCCCACUCAUAAAUUGACUUGCCCUAUUUUGUUCUUGGUCAAUAAGCAGUAGAAAAAUGGAAAAUAUUAUUCAAUUCUACACUACCUAUGAUGUAACUGUUAUGAGCACUGCUACUUGCUUUGUGAUGUGAAACAGACCAUGACACUUUCAUCCGAGUUUCCUGUAACCUCUGUUGCCCCAAGGGCAAUGUCACUAAAUCUUCCACAAUCUUCACCUGACCUCCUCUGGGCCAAUAUUUCAAAUCAUACCCUUCAGCCUUCCUUCAUUCCAAUCAUAGAAAACACAUCUUAAAUCCCACCUUUCUAUUUUCUCAAAGAGCUUCUCCUUUUAGGCUAUCAUUUUUUCUAAUGGUUUCAUUUCUGUUGUGCAACAUUUUCUGAUACCUUGUAGAAAUUAAUAAAGAAGUCUUUGAUAAUAUUUUUCCCCUGGCAUCUGCUCAUACAGCUAACAUCAAGGACAAGCUAUUCGAAGCUUGGGCAUGAGGUCAUAAUGGGAUUAUGUUGUAUCUGCCUUCAUGAAGCAAUCGCAGGCAAAAGGAACUUACAUCCUGACCUGUUCUGCCAUUCCUUGAGAAUUUCAUGUGGAUUGGUAGCAGGUGCUGUAUUUUCAAUCAGCAAUGCCCACCCAUCAUGGUUGUCUGCUGUGUCUAUUUGUACAGAAAGGCAUUGCUGCAGAUCUUCCACUCACUGCCUAUGCCACUGCUGUGUCUUCCACCGGGAAAAGCAGCCAGUUUCCUUGGUGUUACACCAAAAUGGGUUUAAGCUGGCAGUGCCAUCCUCCAGCAUUUUCUCACCUCCUUCCUUACCAUGAUCAUCCCUCUCCCCCGCCCCCCCCCCACCAGCUUCUCAUGGAGCCCCGAGGAAGUACAUGAACAUUGACAGUUAUCUGGCUGUGUGUGACUAUUCUGCCCUCAUACUCUGUGCUGAGGUCCCAUUUGAAUGUGUGGCACAGUGGCACUGCUGAUUCUUCUCAACUCCAGCAGCCUGGGUUCAGUUCUGACCUCAGGUGCUGUCUGCGUGGAGCUUAUGUAUUCACCCUGUGAUUGUGUGUGUGUGUUUUCUCUCUCAUCCCAAAGAUGUGUAGGUUGGCAAGUUAAUUAGAUGCUGUAGCUUGCCCUUGGAGUGUAGGUGAGUCAGUGGUAAGGAAGGCAAAUGCAUUCUAAGCAUUCAUUUCGAGGACCAGAAUAUAAGAGCAAGGCUUUAUAAGGUAUUGGUCAAACCACAUUUGGAGCGUUGUGAGCAGUUUUGGACCAUACAUCUGAGAAAGGAUGUGCUGGAACUGGAGAGGUUGAGAUUUAAGAGAAUGAUCCCAGGAAUGAAGGAGUUAAUGCAUGAAAUGUUUGUUGGCUCUGGGCCUGUACUCAUUGGAGUUUAGAAGAAUGACAGAGUUGUCUCAUUGACACCUAACAAAUAUUGAAAGGCCUAGUCCUGACGAAGGGUCUCGGCCUGAAACGUCGACUGUACCUCUUCCUAGAGAUGCUGCCUGGCCUGCUGUGUUCACCAGCAACUUUGAUGUGUGUUGCUUGAAUUUCCAGCAUCUGCAGAUUUCCUGUUGUUUGAAAGGCCUAGAUAGAAUUUUGUGUGAAGGAAGUUUCUGGUAGUUGCAGAGUCUAGGACUAGAGAGCACAGCUUCACAAGUUCAACCCUUUAGAAUAGAGAUGAGGAAGAUGAUCUUUUUUUAUCCAAAAGGUGGUGGAUCUGUGGAAUUCAUUGCCAUAGACAACUGUGGAGGCCAAAUCAAUGGGUAUAUUUUAAGUGUGGUUCUUGUUUAGUAAGGGUGUCAAAUAUUAUUGAGAGAAGGCAGUAGAAUAGGGUUGAGAGGGAAUAUCGAUCAGCCAUUUUCCAACUGGCAGAACAGACACAAUGGGCUGAAUGGCCAUAUUCUGCUCCUAUGUCUUUGAGUGAUGGAAUCUGGAGGGAGUUGUGGAAGUACAGGGAAAAUGGGUUACAGGAAAAAAUUAUGGGAAUGGGAUUGCGUCAUGAGAUGACAGAGACUUAGUGAUAAUGGGAAAAUCUGGUGGACAAAAGGGGGUGGAGUUGGGGAAGAGGAAGGGAGGGUUAUACAGGACACUCAUGGCACUGGAAAAAUACACCAGGAUUGUGUCUGCAAAAUCCUCCAAAUCCACUGGAAGGAUAACUGAAACGAUGUUGGUGUUCUCUUUCCAGCCAGCACCUCAGGGUUGAGUUCCUCAGUGAAAUCAGCUCUGUGGGGCACGCCUCAUUCGGACUCUUGAAGUACUUUGCUUUUGAGUUCUUUCAAGGGGGAGGGAGUAGCAGGUAGGCAGAAGGUGAUUAAGGGGUGUGGUCAAGGCUUCCUUGAAGUGAAACAUCCCCACUUACUCCCCUCUGGGAACUGCUAGCACGUGACUGCUCACAGAGGAAACUACCUGUGCAGUGGUAGAACGACAUCCAUCUUAGGCUUGCCAAGCAGCUUCUGUGCGGUUGGGAGAGUGUGUACCUCUGAACCCACACAACUGUACUCUUUGAUGGACCGUGGAAGAUGCUUCCAAUGGAUAAAAUGUUUGUGUUUUGCUGUUUAAAUUGUCGAUUUAAAAAAAAAACACCAGUUCCAAUUGAUUCUUGUGAUGUUUGCCAAGCCCUUCACCAAAGAGCAUUGAUGGUGAUAGAAAUUCUGGGGGAGCAGAUGAGGGAAGCUUGCCCUUUGUCAGGCACUCUGACAGUGUGGCUCGUUUAUUAGAUCACAGUAGCCUCUGUCACACUUGACAGCUGCAAUCUGGGCUUCCACAAGAUGACCACACAUGUACCUAAGAUUUUGACAGCAGAGGAUGAGAGAGGACAAUAGUGGGUUGGGUUGGGGGGGGGAGCAUUAUUGAGAGGAAACCAAAUUAUGUGGGAAAGGGGCUGAGUAUAUUACACAUACACACGUGGUAGGCUACCUGGGAUAAAUUUAGGCUGCUACCUUCAUACUGCAUUCUCUCUUUCCCACCAUUCAAAGCAGUUGGCAUAUGACUUAAUAUUGUACAGUGGCUUUGGCCACACCAGGUAACUAAGAACUUGGAAUAUAACCAGUAUCCAUCAGCUGAUGGCAGGAAAGCUGCUUGCAAUUAGGUAGCUCAUCUUUGUGGGGGAAAGAAAAAAAUAACUGGUCAGAUGCCAGAGCUGUUCUUGCCUUGAAGUAGUAAUGACCAACCACACAAGUAACCAGGAUUAAGAACAACACUGAAGGAGUUAAAAAUUGCAAAAAGUGGAGAUGACGAAAAACUCCUGUACAUAGUGAGCAAUGUUUACAGGUCUAAGCAUAGCAGUGUCAAGUAUUUCUUUCUGCAGAGCAAGUCUGUUAAAUAUUUGUUCUUUCAGUGUUUUUGACCUGAUUGCAAAAGUAAAGUUGUUCACAAAUAUUUAAAAAAUAACUGUUUUACUAUAUUGAAAGUCUGCAGUGUUUUACUUUGUAGUAUAUCUGCUUGACCAAAGUAUCUCACCUCUUGCUGUCAUGAAGUGCAAUGUGUUAAGUAUUUAAUACUUAUUUUUGUAUAGAUUAUAUGGUGUAAAACUAUGGUUUUGCUUGCAGUCCUUUGUGACAGAUAAUGCUGUACUUUGUGUAACAAGUUGGUCUAGAUUUUUAUGUGUACAGUUUUACAAUGCUUUGAGAUGAAAGGAUGGCUGCACAAGGACUGUGCUGUUUCUAAGAGAGUGGUUUUAUUUGUUUAAAUGAUUUGGAACAUUUAUUAAAGUUAUGAUGUGGUUUUGUAUAGCACUGUGGCAGAAUAUUUGCAUCCUGACUCUUUGCACCUUCAUUGUAAACCAGUUUUUCAGAGGAUGAAGAAUAAAAAUGACCAGAAAUGCACCAUUCCAGGUAAAAGUAUAAUUAUAAUAAAGUAGAUAAUGUAAUUGGUGCAAGAGUAGUUGGAGCUGGUGCAAGGUGCAUUAGCUAGAAAUAAACCUUAUUAUUCCCCAACAAUUUGACCCUGCCCCCAAAUAAUUGGUGUUGUGUCACAUUCAGUCUCCAUCAUUAAUUAUACCACGUCAGUCCAACAGAAUGGUUUAAAAAAAAGUCACCAGAUUUCCAAUUCUGAUUGUAAAGUUUAUGACCUUUACAGAAAUGCUUUAAGUCACCAUCUGUAUCAAUAACUUACUUUGCCUUGUUACAAUUCCAGGCAAUUAUGAAGGGCAAGAAAGGUCAAAUGUUUUUUAAAGAACUAUUCAAGUUUCAUCUUUGUUUCAGCUGAUGAAUAUUUAAUCAAAUAAUAUAAUUAACCGACAAUAUAUUUUGAAAGCGCGUGACAUUUUAAAAUAAAAUACUGCUUAUAAAAAUGAAUACAGUAAUUGUUCAGAAAGCAUAUAUAGGAGAAACACCAUAGCACUGUAAUGGUUGUUGCAACUAAUUCAAUAUGUGAUGGAUAUUACUGUCUCUAACAUAGCCACUGAAACUUCUAGAGAAGAAAGUUGUUUUUGAGGAAGUUAAACUUCCAACCAAUAUUCUUUGUUCAGCUUCUUGUCAUAAUGGGAGCCAGUCUUCAGUUAAUAUAACUUUGCAAACAGUUGUCUAUAGAGCACAAACUGAUGGCCCACAGCACAAGGUUGCCUACUCAGGAGCUGCAGUACAAGACAAUGUGGUUAUGUUAAUUAGACUUGUAUCAAACAAGACAACUUGGCCCAAGUUAUUAAGUUCAAGGAGGCUUGCAGACCAGAUUGAUACUAUCACUUAGCACGUCAAAUAGCUCAUCUAUCAGUGGUUGGAAGAUUUGUGUGCGCACAGAGUGUCAGCAUUUACAGCUUUAAUUGUAUGGGAACACUAUCCCAGAAGCUUUUCAACCAGUGAGGAAAAAUAUCUUGGGGAAAACAUAGCACAUGUAAAGUCAACCAAGUGGAUUAAAAAAAAACACAAAACAGUAUAAAUUGUUAGAGGCAUUCAAUGCUGGGUAUGGUCAAGGAAUAAAGAUGAUUGACAGAAAGAUGGGGUGAGUAGCAUCCAUUUCUUUGCCUUCCAAUUUCUGCGAUGGAUAUCUUGCCUGUCUGCAACUCAUUGGUAUGUCUUUUUAGUUUAAAGGAACUGUACCCAUUUUGGAAAUCCUGUGCUUCAGAAAUCAUUUGUAAUUUGGAAAUAUUUUAUAAGAAAUCUGCUGAGAUUUCAGUGUUUUAAGAAUUGCACCUAACUUUAAACUAUAAAGAAACACAAUUAAAGCUAUUUUGUUAGCUGGAAGUAUUUCUUCCUUCAUCGGGUGGCAGGCCUCGCAGAUCAAAUAGGGGAUAUUGACAUCUAAACUUAGGAGGAUAAAAGGGGAAGUUAACUAGCCUUUCAAGAUUCAGUGGCUACAGUACAACUUUCCUUUUGUGAGGGUACCCAGAGCUGUCUAUAUUGGCUAGGGCUUAAGAUCUUCACAGUCAGCAAACCCAAAACCGUUGACACCCAACUUUGACAUAUUAUACCAAGAGGCAACAUUGAUGAAAUUGACAAGCUCAGCAUGGGUGCACGAAGCAGCACCAAAGCAGUUGUCAAUGUAGUAGAGGAAAAGUUGGGGGUAUUACCAGGGAAGGCUAGGCUAGGAAUUUGGACUGUUCUACAUAGCCAAAAAGAGGCAGGCAUAGCUGGGGCCCAUGGCUACCCCUCGAGUUUGGAGAAAGUGAGAGGAGCUGAGGGAAAGGACCAGUUUUAUCAGACGGAGAAGGUGGCUGGUGGUAGAGGGGAAUUCAUUGUUUCUCUUGUCAAGAGAGGAGAAAUUUAAGGCCUUCUUGGUGGGGAAUAGAAGUGUAUCGGGACUGAACAUCCAUGGCAAAUACAAGGCAUUCAGGGACAGUACUGAGGAAAUUGAGGACAUGAGAAAUGUCGCAGAUGUAGGUGGGAAGGGACUGAACCAAGGGGAAAGAAGGGAAGGGGGAUGAGAACACUAGUUCAGCGCAGCAGGAGUAGGCAGAGACAAUAGGCCUACCCAGAAAGUCUGGUUUGUGGAUCUUGGGUUGGAAGUAGAACUGAGCAGUGCAGGCCAAAGGAAAUAUUUGGUGGCAAUUGAUGAGAGUUCGCCAGCAUUAACAAGCCAGUGAUUGUGUCGGAGUGGGGUCCUCUUCAAGAGGUAGGUAUGAGGUGGUGUCUUGAGAGUUGCAGCCCGGCCUCAGCAAGGUAGAGGUCAGUGUGCCCCCUUUCUCUGUGGGUUUAAUAGCAAGGAUGGCAUUGGUGUGGACAGAGCAGAGGUUUGAGGAGGAGAAAGGAGUGCUGAAGACAAGGAUAGCUGAUGUCUCAUCAGCAAUUUGAGAUGAAAAUACCCAGAGCUGGCAGAGUACCAGAACAGUGUGCCCAAGGAGAGGUUGAAGAUGGAAGAAGGGGUCAUCAGUGCAAGGUGUGGAAUUCUUGCCGAAGAAAUGGGCUUGGAGAUGGAGGUGACAUACAAAGAGCUCGAUAUCAUGGUGCAGCAGAACUCACUGAGGUGGGUGUGGGGGGGCAAAGACAAGGCACUUGCUGAGGUGCUAGCAUUAAGGUCUAGCUUGGAGCUGGAACUAGAGCUACAGGUCAAGCAAUUUGCAGUCUGAAGGGUCAUACGAACCGACCUUGGCUGCAGCAUCUGGAUAUGCUCAGGAUUGUUUGAACCAGUGUCAGUGAUAAUAGUGUCACUGGUCUGGAGGCACCCAAGGCAGUUGGGGCCAGGCAUGAAGUCAGCGUGAUCCAUGAUCCGGGGGUGUCCAACUGAAUCGAGGUCCAAGCGAGAGGCAGCAAGGGGGCAUCAGUCUGGGGGCAUCCAAGACUGGAGUUGGAGACAGCGGGAUCUGCAGUCCAGGGAUGGGUGAUCUUUCCAUUUUACAGGAUGCGAGAAAGGUGAAUAACCAGCGGUUGAAGGCGUGGAUCCGGCAGAGGAUAAAAUGUCAGAGGCACCCAUGACAGGUGGAGGAGAGAGGGCUCGGAGCUGUCACAGAGUGACAGGGGCAUUGGGCAUCUCCAGCUCCACAUAGCAGAAAGGCUGGCACAUAGAAUUCGAAAUGAGCAGUCAAUUGAUAGGUCCAAACAGAGAGACCUGAAAAUGGAUCUGGAAGCCAGGCGGAACAAGAUGGUGGCAAAGACAAUGAGCACAUGGUUGGAGAAUCAGAGGGCAGCACAGAUCACCGGGGGGGGGGGUGGGGGAAGAGUGAGAGACAAAUAUACAGGAUUUAACUAACAAUAGAAAUAGCAUUAAAAUCUUUACACCAGAUUGUACUAAACUAGUGCUUCUAAUAAGAUGACAAGAUGCCAAGAUGCUUCCUGUUGGAUUCAUACUGUAAACAGCUAGAUGCUCAGGAUAAAACAUUUGACAAGGAAUUUGAAAUAUUUUUGUACAAAUAUUACAACCAUUUGCAACAUCCUAACCACUGUGGGAUGGUUGACCUUAAUCUGACCAAAUUAGGAUGCAUUCCUUCCAUGCCAGAAACAGUGGGACAUUCCCAACCAUAGAAGAAAGAAAUUUCUACAGGAAACUCUAGACCCUCCAUAAACAACGUGUUUUGAUAAAAGAACCAUGUCUAUUUAAU